ACACAAACAUUUUGGCCUCGCGUUUUAUUGUUGAAAUGUGUUGCUGGGGGCCUGUUAGUCGUAACGGCAGGCACAUCGUUUGCUGCAGCGCGCAACAGAUGAUUAAUUACAAAUAGGGGGUCACUUCGUGUCACCUCCGAGGGUGUCACUACCGCGAAAGCGGCGUCUAGCACUGGAUCGCGCACAGGAACUUCAAAAUUCACAUAAAAUACUUUCCAGGCUAUAUUCGCUGUUGAUAUUUUGCAGAUGACAUACGCAUGUUCACGGCAAUCGAUCCCAUGGGCUGUUUCGGCCGCGAAAUUUUGUGUCAGUACCCCUUUAAGGUAUUCGAGAUCCAGAAGCAAUGCUCCCUCAAUUUUUCCUUCACCCACAUGCUUAGCAGCACAACACUUGCUUCAGGCAACAACAUAAUUGUCCAUCAGUAAAAACCAAACCCAAUCUAACCUAACUUAAUCAAGCCAUGUGACUUGCAUCAUCAUGCAUUAUGCAAUGCCAAGUAGCCAGAUAAACACACAAGCACUAACAUGUUUUGUGGCGUCAUUCAAAUGCAGUACCCAUCAAGACGAGAGCGAUGGAGUUGCAACAGGGGUGGAAGAGUCUCUUCAUUCCGAACGAAAGUUCAUUGUGUUCGAGAGCUUCCUCCGAGAACUGCUCGCCAACUGCCCAGUCUGUGGCAAGCAGUAGGCGACUUGAACUUCAGCGUAGUGGGAACUCUGGUCACUGUAGAGGGAGUGCGCGAGCAACAGCACAAGCUUCCUUGGAGAAGCCAGCCACUUGUUAAAGGUAGCGGAGCUGGGGCAGGCAACCUUCUCCCGGCUGCUGGCAUGCUCUACUCGGGCUGUGUGGUGGCUUCAACGAUUCGGUGCCUCAAUUCCAUUGGCAUACAGAGCAUCACGGAGCGCACCUUUUACAACUACCAGAGGGCCUACUUGCUCCCUGCAGUAAAACAGCUCUUCCUCAAGAAACAAGCAGCGAUGGUGAAUUCACUUACUGACUUGCGAGUUGACCUGGCAGGUGAUGGGCGGUGUGACUCGCCAGGCUACAGCGCCAAAUACCUCGCAUACAGUGUGCUUGCCGCGCAGAACGGCUGUAUUCUACACACUGAGCAGGUGCAAGUCGGAGAGUCACCCGAAGUCCCCAACAGUGUCUCAAUGGAGAAGCAAGGAUUUUAUUUUUUUUAUUUAUUUAGUACAUACUGCGGACCCUUAGGUCCAAGCAGGCCCUGGCAUGUCUGA